AUGAGGCCUUCUUUAAAUUAUUUGAGAUAAUUAAGAAAUUAAAUAGUAUGGUCAGCAUCAGCCAUUGGAUUGACCACCCUAACACAAACCAAUUUUUGUACUACCAAAGAAUACUAUUUCAAUUAUGGAUCUCAUAUGAUACCUCAUCCUGAGAAAGUCCAUAAGGGAGGUGAAGAUGCUCUAUUUGCAGACAAAAAGAUCCUUGUUGUAGCAGAUGGUGUUGGUGGAUGGGCUGAGUUGGGAAUCGAUCCAGGGUUGUAUAGCAAAGAAUUAUGCAAAAAAUUAGAGGAAGCCUUCAAGUAGAAUCCUGAAGAUCUUAAGAACCCUAAAAAAUAUAUAAUUGCAGCUCAUAAGGUAACUAAAGCAAAGGGCAGCACUACGGUUUGUGUGGUAGCAUUAAAUAAAAGUGAAUUGAAAUCCUCCUUAGUCGGAGAUUCAGGAUUUGCCAUUUAUCGCAAAGUUGAUGAUAAAUAUCAAUUGAAUUACAAAUCUCAAGAAUAAUAGAAAUCAUUCAAUUUCCCAUAUCAAAUUGGAAGUGAAGGAGACAAUCCAAAUGUAGCUACAGAUGAGACUCAUAAAGUUUAGGUUGGAGACUUAUUAGUCUUGGGAACUGAUGGAUUGUUUGAUAAUAUGUCAGCUUAAUAAAUUCAAGUGGUCAUAGAAGAUGUUAUUAAGACCGAACCUAAUAAUCCUUAAGCAUUGGCUAAGUCAAUUGCUAAUUAUGCCUAUAGAUUAUCUUUGGAUCCUAAAUACAAUUCACCUUUCGCUCAGCAUGCUAAGCAGAGUAGGCUAAGAUAUAUGGGAGGAAAGAGUGACGAUAUAACAGUGAUUGUUGCAUUUAUUCAUGAAUAAUGAUUUAUUAAUAAUUUACAUAUCUAAUUGAUAUUACACAGGUUAA